AUGAGAACCUUUUAUUUUGAGCUUGUUCAUGUUUGGAUUAGGCUUUAUGCUUUGAGUUUUACUUCAAGGACCAAAUCUGUAAGAAAGUUGGAUUUAGCCAGAACCAAAUCAGUGGACCAUUCCCUCUUUCAAUAUCCAAUGCCUCUAACCUCAUCACGCUUCAGGUUGACGGGAACAAAUUUAGUAUCUUCACUCCGAAAGCUAGAAAAGUUGCGAAGAUUGAAUACUGGUGAGAAUCUUCUUGGUAGUCAGGGAGCAAAGGACUUAAACUUCAUCUGCUCUUUAACUAGUGCCACCAGCUUGGAAAUUGUGCUUAUCAAUGACAACAGCUUUGGAGGGAUAUUACCUGAGUGCAUAAGCAAUUUGUCAACUGCUAUGACCCUUUUUUAUAUGGAAGGCAAUAACACAGUGGGAAGAAUACCAGCAGGAUUUGGAAAUCUAAUCAACUUGGAGGGGUUGGCGGUAGGAGAAAAUCAAUUAUCAGUUUCCAUUCCAUCUGUCAUAGGCAGGCUUCAAAAACUAAAAUAUUUUGCUGUAAGUAUUAAUUCUAUCUCUGGAUCCAUCCCCACUUCAUUGGGAAAUUUAAAGAUGUUGAUCAAGUUGUAUCUAAAUGACAACAAUCUUCAAGGCGAAAUUCCUCCAAGUCUAGGCAAAUGUGAAAAUCUGAUUUUUUUAGAUCUUUCUAAUAACAAUCUCAGUGGUUCUAUACCUUCUCAAAUAGGUGGACUAUCAUCCUUGAAAUUUAAGAAAGAUGUUGCUCAAAACAUGUUAUCUGGUGCCAUUCCAAAUGAUCUUGGUAAUUGUAUGAGGCUGGAGGUACUACUGAUGAGAGGCUAUUUCUUCAAUGGAUCAAUUCCUUCAUCUUUGAGUUCAUUGAAAGGUCUUACAAAUUUAGACCUUUCUAGAAACAAUCUCACUGGUAAAAUUCCUGAAUUUCUUGUGACAUUUGGCUCUUUACACUGCUUGAAUCUUUCUUUCAACAAUUUCGAAGGUCUAGUACCAGUUGGUGGAGUCUUUAAAAAUAUAAGUGCUAUGUUCUUUGAAGGGAACAGUAAGCUUUGUGGAGGCACUCCUGAGUUCCACUUGCCAACUUGUGAUAACUUGAAACAACAUAAAGGGAGGUCAACUACUUCACUUAAAUCAAUAAUUGCUAUUGUUUCUGCUCUUUCAGGAGUUAUUUUGGUUUUCUCCGUCAUCUUUCUCUUUUGGUUUAGAAAGAAAAUAAAGCAGCCUGCAUCAUCAACUGCUGAAAAUCCAUUGUUAAAGUUAUCAUACCAAAGCAUUCUAAAAGCUACUAAUGGUUUCUCAUCAGCAAAUUUAAUAGGUACAGGCAACUUUGGUUUCGUAUAUAAAGGAAUUCUUGAAGAGAAUGGAGUUGGGAUAUUGUUCACAUGUGAGUAA